CCUCCCCUCUCACGCUGAUUCCUGCCCGGCUGCGGCUGCCGGGUCCUUUCUGCAGACAUGCUCCCAGAGCAGAGUUCUCUAUGGCUACUGCAGCUGCUCAGGGGCAUCCAGCUGGCCCAGUUUUACCGACCCAUGCUGGAGGAACUGAAUGUCACCCUGCCGGAACACUUUGACUUUGUAAGGCCCCAGGACCUGGAUGGCAUUGGAAUGGGCCGCCCUGCCCAGCGCAGACUGGCUGAAGCCCUAAAGAAGCACCGCUCUGGGCUCAAGUCCAAGAACUGGGUCUACAAGAUCCUUGGGGGGCUUGUCCCUGAGCAGGAGACUCCUCCACCCCCAGAGAGCCCUUUGUACCCUGCUGAACCUGAGGGGGGCCUCAAGUGUCUGAUCCCAGAAGGUGCUGUGUGCAGAAGGGAGCUGCUGGGCUCCGGCUGCUUUGGUGUGGUGCAUCGAGGACUGUGGAUGCUGCCCGGUGGCAAGAGCGUCCCAGUCGCUGUCAAGUCCCUCCGGGUGGGUGCGGGAGGACCCAUGGGAGACGAGCUGGGGGCUUUCCUCCGAGAGGUGUCAGUCAUGAUGAACUUGGAGCACCCCCACGUGCUGCGACUGCACGGACUCGUCCUGGGCCAGCCCUUGCAGAUGGUCAUGGAGCUGGCACCGCUGGGCUCUCUGCACACCCGCCUCACGGCCCCGGCGCCUGCACCCCCGCUGCCCGUGUCCCUGCUCUGCCUCUUCCUGCGGCAGCUGGCAGGGGCCAUGGCCUACCUGGCAGCCCGCGGGCUGGUACACCGAGACCUCGCCACGCGCAACCUGCUGAUGGCCACGCCGCGCACCAUCAAGGUGGCGGAUUUCGGACUGGUGCGGCCGCUGGGCGGUGCCCGGGGGCGCUACGUCAUGGGCGGGCCACGCCUCAUCCCCUAUGCCUGGUGUGCCCCAGAAAGUCUGCGCCAAGGGGCCUUCUCUUCCGCCUCAGACGUGUGGAUGUUUGGGGUGACGCUGUGGGAGAUGUUCUCUGGGGGUGAGGAGCCCUGGGCAGGCCUCCCACCCUACCUCAUCCUGCAUCGCCUGGAGAAGGACUGCGCCCGGCUGCCCAGGCCCCCGCUCUGCUCCCGGGCCCUUUACACCCUAGCCCUGCGCUGCUGGGCCCCUUACCCUGCUGACCGGCCUAGCUUUACCCACCUGGAGCGUCUGCUCCAAGAGGCCUGGCCCCCGGAGGGACACUGUGUGAGGGCUGUCACAGAGCCUGGUGCCCUGAGGAUGGAGCUUGGUGAUCCCAUCACCAUCAUCGAGGGCAGCUCGGACUCCACCACCUGGAAAGGCCAGAAUGGAAAAACGUUCAAAGUGGGCAGCUUCCCCGCCUCAGCAAUUACAUUGGCAGAGCCACCAACCGCCAGCCCAGUGCACAGAGGCUCCCCGGCACAGGGCCAGCGACGCCGGGGCAGCGCCAACGGGGACAGAGCCAAGGUCAAGCUUGAGGAGCUACCUCCAGCACAGGGCCAGAGAAGGAAGAUGCCCCUGCGUAGCAUGAGAGGUCUGUCCAAGAGCUUGGAGUCAGUUCUGUCCCUGGGCCCUCGCCCCACAGGAGGUGGCUCAAGUCCCCCUGAACUUCGACAUGCCAGAACUGGGCCGGAGGGACCCCCAGCCCUGCCACCCCGUCCACCCUUGGCCUCCAGCUCUUCCUCUCAGUUCAGAUUGUCCCCCAGCAUGCAGCCACCCCGGCCCCAAAGAGAACCCCUCCACAGCCACCCCAGGGGAGCAGCUGGAGCCAACAAAGCCGCAGGGCCCCCUGGAGGCCGCCUGCUGGACCCCGAGUUGCAGAGGAGGAUAGUAGAGGUGGAGCUCAGUGUGCACGGAGUCACCCACCAGGAGUGCCGGGAUGCACUGAGAACCACAGGGGGAGAUGUGACCUCUGCCAUCCAGAACCUCAAGGUAGAUCAGCUAUUCCACCUGAGCAGCCGCUCCAGGGCUGACUGCCGCCACAUCUUGGAGCAUUACCACUGGGACCUCUCAGCCGCCAGCCGCUACGUCCUGGCGCGGCCCUGAGUGCUGCCCCUUGGGAAAGGACACCAGCCCUUAACGCCUGGGACCUUUGGCACCUGGCCCUGUGUGGCUAAGCAGAGCAUGCGCCUGGCAGAGGCGGACUCCCACUGCGGGAAGAUUCGCUGCAGGCAGGUACAGGAGCCUAGGGUUGCCGCUGGCCAGUGCUUCCUCGCUCCCCUGGACCUCUGAGGGCUCGGGUCCCUGGCUGGGCCAGAGCAGGUUGUAUGUAGUCCACGCUGCCCACAACACUGCCAACCAAGAGGAGGAGUCGGAGGAACAGAGCUGCUACACGCCAUGCAUGGAGGCUGUGGUUGCGUGGGUCAUGGGAAGAGCCAUCCUGGAGGACGGACGAGGUUCUGUUGACGUGGGUCCCGUGGCCCCAACUGCCUUGGCUUGUCCAGGACCAGCGUGGUGAGGAAACCCUGCUCCUCUGGACUCGAGGGCCGUUGAUCCUGGUGCCGUGUAUUAUGGGGAGGGCCAGGCAGCCCGUCAUGUUUUGUCUUUGCACAGACUCUUUCUCCUACGCCCCUGCCCCCAUGACAUACAUCUUCCAAUGUUCAAAACGUUAUAAAGUUUAUAUGGACAGAA